AUGGCUUCUGGUAAUCCCUUCUUAGAGAUGGGCGGCUUCGGAGGAUUUGACGCUUCUCAGCGAGAUGACUCUGCUGCACUCAGCAACCCUUUCAUGGACGACGCUCCAGGCCCAGGUGCAGCUCUGGACAACAACCCCUUCGGCGCCUUCCUGGCUUCCUCGGAGCCCACUCCUGCUCCUGUCGCCGACGUGGCUCUCAGCAAUCCCUUUGCCGACUCUGUACCGCCACCCAGGCCUCAGCCGCCGGUGCCACGCCCGCCACCCCCUAAAGUCAGUGUAGCAGCGACGGCGCCGCCUCCUGUGCCGCCUCCGCCGCACACCGACCUUCUGGACGGGCCGGCGGCCCCUCCGCCGCGACCUCCGGUCCCCGAGGCGACCCGGAACCUGCUGGCCUCGGUGACCGGUCACCUGGAGGCGGCCAGCGACUCGCUGUUCGGUCAGCUGAGUAACGUGAAGACGCCGCGCCAGAGUCCCACCCACAUGCUGUCCCGCUCGCCGUCUCCACCCCUGGAUGGACUGGAUGAACAUGUGGAACAUCAUGAUGUCGCCUUCAGCGCUGCGUUCGGCCAGACCGUCGAGGAACUGAGCGACCAUGAGGACGCUCCAGACCACGCCCAUGCGCCCACGGACUCUGCCGCUCACGAGAUCGACCUCUGGGACUCGGCGCCUGCGGCACCGGUCACCAAAACCAAGGAUCAGAUCUUGAGUCUGUUUAACACACCGGCGACCAGAAAACCAGAACAGGAGGUGGACCUGCUGAGCAGUUCGUUCCACGACGAGGCCGCGCACCCGACUGGAGAUCUUCUGGCUGACGGGCCACCGAUGCCACCAGCGAAGGACGGAGCGGACAUGUUGGAACAGCCUGUGUUGACAGCAGCGCCUGCCUCCGUCCCGGCUGUACCCGAGCCAACGAUUUGGGAUACGCCGGAACUCCCGAAGGCAGCGACAGAGGAGGAAGAUAAGGAUGGCACGACGCAGGCUGCGCCUGAGGAGGGGAAGGAGACGGAGGAUGGGACUGCCGACAGUGCUGAGGGUCUGCAACCGCCGGCUCCGCCACCUCAUCAGUCAUCACCGUCAGAGGAGGUGCCGCUGAGGCCGCUGGAGCUUCAGCUGGACGCUCCGCCCGACGCCAAGGUCGUGGUGGAUGCGCCGGAGGAAGACGGACGCGCCCACACGGCGGCCGCCUUCAUGGACGAGUUCUCCACGCCUGUGGUGCCUGUGUCUCAGAUCACUCCUCCUUCUCCACUCAGUCCACCGGGACCGUCUCCGAUCCCCUCUGUGGUGACGACGCCUACACUGGCCGAGGGUCCGCCGCCUGGGCAGUACGAACCGUCUCAGCCACCGACGGCCCUGACACCUCCCGAGGAACUGACCGCGCCGCCCCAGCCCACGUCCGAGCCGGAGGUGGCGACCCAGCCGGCAAGACCACCGCCACCGCCUCGGCCAGCUGCGCCCCCUGCCCGACCUCCUCCGCCUGGUGUGACAGCGGCCGCACCUGCAGCCUCGCCAAAACCGACUGUCGAUCCACUCAACAUCUUCUCUGCGCCUUCAGAACCCUCCAGCAUCUUCGGAGGAGGCAUCGAGCCCCCAGAAAUACCAUCCGCUCCGGUUCCUUCCCCGCUCGGUAUCUUCGAUACUCCACCAGCGACCGCGGCAGCAGCUUCGUCAACCACACAAGCUGUUGACCCCUUGGACAUCUUCUCGGCUCCAGCGGCUUCAGAGCCGGCGGCAGUGCGUCGUCCGCCACCUCCUGCGCCACCGAGGCGCCAGCCGCCGCCCUCGCCGAACCCUUUCCUGGAGACGGUGGAAGCCGGCGAUGUAGCGGACGCAGCUGCACCGCAGGAGGAUGCCUUUGACGCGUUUGCGGCGAGGUUUGAGAAGGCGGCGGAUGAUGCGGCGACUGGUGGCGCUGUGGAUCCGUUCGGGGCGGCGACUGGGACGGCCGACAAAACUGCGUCAGUCUGGGGCGACUCCGCUGCGCCUUCGUCUGCGGGUCCGGGCGGCUUCGAGGACCCGGCGUUCGACUCGUUCCUGUCGAUGACGGCGCCGCCUCCGGUACCUCAGUCAACUCCUGCUCGCGGCGCCAGCAAACAGCACUCGGAGGAUGAGCCGACCGACCUCAACGUAUUCAUCAGACCACAGCAGAGCUGGACGUCACAAGCUCCCGUGCCAGCCCUGGCGCCACCGCCCAAGCCAGCGGUCGCUGCGUUCCAGGACGCCCCUGCCGACACCCUUGGCAGUAACCCGUUCGCAGUGCCGGCAGCCGACCUUUCGCUGGACCUACCGCAGGCUAAAGUGGAGCGUCCGGAGCCCGAAUCGGGCAGCCCACCGGAGACCCCGCUGUUCGACGAGGACACCUCACAGCCGCUGGAGCCGUUCCCGAGAACCACCUGGGACAAGGCAGAGUUUGACAUGUAUCUCCGGCAGCCCAACAAGAAGAAAAUCACCGGACAGAGGUUCUGGAAGAAGGUGUUUGUUCGUUUGGCGGACAAUGCAGUACUGCAGCUCUUCAACGACAGAAAUGACUCCGAUCCGUUCCAGGAGCUACCGCUGCAGGCGUGCUACUCCGUCUCCGAUGUCGGAGCUCAACAGUACGAUCAAUACGGGAAGAUUUUUACCGUCAAGCUGCAGUACAUUUUCUACAAGGAGCGACCUGGAGUGCGGCCGGGUCAGAUGACUAAGGCGGAGCGGAUCACCAAGAAGCUGGGCCAGUUCGCCAUCUCAGCCUGGGAGGGCGACUACGAUCGUGUCAAGGAGUUCGCAAGCGACGUCCGCAAGCUGGGAAUGCCGGUCGAGCACGCGCCUCAGAUCUCACAGCUGCUGAAACUCGGAACCCAGCACUACGAGGAUGUCAAACGCUUCGCCAGCUUUGUGGAAGAAACUCUGUUCAAGGUGAACGUGCACCGCGACCGAGCACUCAACUAUAAGACCGAGGAGAUCCAGAUAUCGGGAGUGGACGAGGUCUACUUGGAACAAGACGUGACGGGAGCGGUCACCAAGCAGCUAGCCAGGGUUCGGCUGUUCUUCCUCGCCUUCCUCUCCGGAAUGCCUGACGUGGAGCUGGGCAUCAAUGACCUGCGGCGUCAGGGCAAGGAGGUGGUCGGCCGUCACGACAUCAUCCCCGUAGCCACUGAGGAGUGGAUCCGUCUCGAGGACGUGCAGUUCCACAACAUCAUCGACCUACAGGCAUUCAAGGAGUCGCAGAUACUCAAGUUCAAACCGCCGGAUGGCUGUUAUAUUGAACUGAUGCGGUUUAGAGUCAGACCACCGAGGAGCCGGGAGCUGCCUCUCCAGGUCAAAGUCAAAUACACCAUCCUUCAGAAUAAGGUUGAUAUUAGCGCAGACAUUCUCGUGCCGGGCUACGUCAGCAGGAAGAUGGGCCAGAUUCCGUGCGAGGAUGUGUGCGUCCGAAUGCCUCUGCCCGAGUGCUGGAUUUAUAUGUUCCGGGUCGAGAAACACUUCCGCUAUGGAUCAGUGAAGGCCUCCCAUCGCCGUCAGGGCAAGGUGAAGGGCAUUGAGCGGAUCCUGGGAGCGGUGGACACUCUGGAGCAGAGCCUGAUGGAAGUAUCAUCGGGCAGCGCCAAAUACGAACACCAUCACCGGGCCAUCGCCUGGAGGAUACCGCGGCUGCCCAAGGAGGGACAAGGUGCCUACACGAACCACACGUUCUCGUGCAAGCUGAACCUGACGUCGUUCGACCAGAUCCCGGAGACGUUCGACAGGUUCUGCUUUGUGGAGUACACCAUGCCGCACACCACUGUGUCACACACCGUGUGUCGCUCGGCCUCCAUCAGUGGCGGCAGCGGCGACCCGCCCGAGAAAUACGUCAGGUACCUCGCCAGGUAUGAGUACAAGGUGGAGAUGGAGUUCUGUUACUCCAAAGACGAGCCGGCAGCGUACUUGUCUGCCACACAGAGCAACGCCUCCAAACCCGCCGCUGAGCCACCACCUCCUCGGCCGCCGUCCAGCGACUCCGACUCCGACUCCGACUAGUCGGAUCGCUGCUCACCAUCUGACUCAGAGGGAAAGGGUGAGCCUGCGUCUGAGCUUUCUGAAUGACGACACGUAAUCUCGAGUUGAUCUCGGCGAAAAUCAGCGAUUCUGGAAUUCGAUCUGACUGACUGUAUUCGCGUAAUCGGGCACAGUAUGGCGAUGUAACUCGAGUCUUGCGAUCUGCUGCUGCGUUUGGCUGCUUUUGUUUGCCCGCAGCUCAGUGUAUGUAUGUGCGUGUUGUGCGAUCGUUUUCCAUACUGUAACAUUCCAUUAGGCGCGCGGGACCGGGCGGCGGGCCCGGCCCUCGCGCUGUAAAUACGUUUACACCUGUGUAUAGACUGUGCUCGUACGUGUUGUUGUGUUUUGUGCUUGUCCAGCCCGGCUCUCAACGGGCCAUCGGCAGCUGAUACCAAAGACAUGGCGAGAAGCCACUGGGGACGAACGGCGCCCGACAGGCGUGCCCUGGAAAUCGGGAUGAAUGUGUUUGUGUGUGAGAGUGUGAGUGAGAGUGAGUGAGUGAGCUAAUGCCAGUGAGUUUGUUAGUGAAUAUUGUAUGUGUGGCUGUUUGUGUGGUUUUAUGAUAGCAGCUUCCUGCAGUGUUAAUCAGUUUGCGUAUAAAUUUGGAUCCUAAAUUAGGCUGAAUGUGCACGUGAGAGACCUGUAUCACUGGAAAACACCUAUCCUGCUGAGUAUGUAGAUCCUGUGCCCCACAUACCACGCCUACAGUCGUUCAUGGUGCCAGCUGCACUGCAAUUCAACUCUAGAUACAUGUGCUUCUGGCAUUUUACAAA